AGCAAACUGAACAGCAUUAUACUGACUCAAACUUAUCUGAUCUCAACUACAUGUAUCUACAUGGAAGUUAAAUUAAUCACAUGUAUAUAUUUGUAUAAUUUCAAAAAAACGGGGAUUUUAAAUCGGAAUUAAGAUAUAAAGUAACAUGCCACCAAAACCAAGCCUAAGGCCGGACAGCGGGAAAACUAAUGGCUCGAAGCCCCGGGCAUUGAAAGGACCGACCCAGGAAGAGUAUGAAGGACUCCGGAAGCAGCUGGUUGCCAGGGACGCCAACAUAGAAUAUCUGCGGAACAACCUGGAUCCACAGGCGUUCGCAAGCAGUCCAGGUGUUCAAGACUACACUGUACAAGUAAUAGUUGACGAGAGCAUUAGAAAAGCAGAGGAGGUUAUAUUCAAACUCAAAAAUGGACUCCCUGUAGACAAUAGCAGUGAAGAACUAAAGAAUAUGAAAAAAGAGAUAGAAAGUUUGCAGAGUAAGAUGCGAUCAAGCGAAUAUCUGCAAGGUUCUCUCCGCAGUAAAUGUAAGGAACAGGCGCACGAGAUAGAAGAGCUGAGACAGCGACUGGCAGGCACGGAGGAGGAGCUACGGAUGGAACGUUCAACAAAACAUGAAGAAAUGAAAGCUUUGAAGACUGACGUGCAUCUCCUGAGGGAGGAAAAGUCUGUUCUGGAAGGAAGAAACAAACAGCUUGAAGAGGAUAUAAAGCGGUGGAAAUCUGAACUUAAUGGACGUGGUGUUGCAUUGAAAGCGGAGAAUACAAAAUUAGAAUCAAACUAUAGUCAAGCUUUGGCAGAAUUAAACGCUGUUAAUGAAGAACUCAACGAAAUGAGAAAACAGGCAGAGGAAAAUAAAGAUCUUGCAAAUCGAAACAGAUUUGAAACCAAAGAAAGAUACGAGUUAGAGAUCAAAGUCGAACGAGUUACACUCGAAAAUGAUGAAUUAAAAUGCAGAAUAGAGGACUGCAGAAGAGAACAAAACAAAUUGGAGUGCAAAGUAGCCGAAUUGAAAAUUAAUUGUCAUGAAGCAUUUACAAAGCUAGAAGACAAAGACAAGGAACUGAAGAAUAAAGGAGGUGACUACAAGCAGCUUAUAGAACGGAAAGAGGAGACAAUUAAUAAACUACGCCGGGAAAGUAGAACGGUUGAUCCAGCUGGUGAUGCGGUACAGUUACAGCUAAAGGAGGCACAAAAAGAGAUUGCAGAACUGAGAACAAGAUUUUCUGGGGUUGUUUCUGCAGCUGUUAAAGAUGUUGAAAUUGAAGACUUAAAGAGUAAACUGGAAACUAUGAAAAGGGAAAAGGACAGAUUAGAAGACAAGGUAGCAGAUUUAAGACAUACCUGCCAUGAAGCGUUUACAAAGCUGGAGGCGAAAGACAAAGAAACGAAGAAGAAGGAGGAGGAAUACAAGAAGCUCAUUGAACGGAAGGAAGAGACAAUCAACAAGCUGCGGAGGGAAAAUAGGAUGGCAAAUGUGUCCUAGAUGGAGGAAAUGGAUUCUAUGGAUUGUACUUAAACUGUGCUGUUUAAUAAAACGAUCUUACAAGACAGUCACUGAUGUAUCGAUAUCUGGGUGUGAAAAUAAACUCAUUUGGCAAAUCGUAGUAACAAAAUGCCACAUAUUUGUGGGUGUCUCGUGGGGUCACGGACACUACGGACCAUGGACAUUACGGACCAGACAUUACGGACCAGAUUUAGGGACACUACGGACCAGAUUUAGGUACAUUACGGACCAUCUUCAGAAACUUACGGACCAUCAUUUAUAAUGUUUUUAAAUAUUUUUUUUUAAUUUAUUCACUCAUUGGUCUUAAAUUUGUUAAUAAAUACUUGAAUAUUAGUGCUCAGUAUUAAAAUUAUCUUUAAUGUAACUGAAAAAUCCAGGAAAUUCCAAUGUUAAACAUCAAUGUAUUUUUAAUAAAAUAUUAUAAUAAUUUGAAUAAUAAUGAACGAAAUAUGUGUUUAUCCUAUAAUUGUAAAUGUGAAUAUUAAUGUUUUCAUAUGUGAUCGAUUGCUUUCUGAAAUAAACUUUGAAUCGUCAUAUUUGUUUGUUUUCCGUUUCAACUGUUUUAAUUGAAAGGUUCAGUCAAGGCGGGGAAUCCACGUGACCAAAUGGUUGGUUUCAGUGCAAGAUGGCGUCACCAAAACGCUCGACUCGAGCCGAAAAUCAACGUUAUAUCUAUAAUUAUGUAUAUUGUUUAUUUAAUAUAUGCUCGAUUUAUUUUGGUAAAUAAACUGUUUUGGAAAAUACUUCUGCUCGAUUUAUUUUGGGAAAUAAACUGUUUUGGAAAAUAUUUCUUCUGUUGCUUUUAACUGAUUUAACUGCCGAUCUUUCAAAUUUCGUUCAUUAUUGUUCACAUAAUUGUUAUAAAUGCAUAGUUCUUUAACACCUUUUGGAAUUUCACAAGAUUUUAUAUUGAGAUCUAUUCGAACUUCACGGGAUUUUUCAGUUUUAUGGAAGAUAUAACGUCAUACUGAGCACUCAUA